CACACGCACUGUCAAGCUCUCAUUCUCAAACUCGACCUGCUUUCAUUUUGGACAUUAGGCCUACUGUGGACUUUAGAUUACAAUGGCUGAUACUGCUCAAAGAUCAGAGCUGUAUCCUGAUAUAGAGCCAUAUGAUUCUGGUUUUCUACAGGUCUCAGAUCUGCACAGCUUGUACUACGAACAGUCUGGAAAUCCAAAGGGUUUACCUGUUUUAUUUUUACAUGGCGGGCCAGGUGCAGGUGUGGUGGUUCCCAAAGAAAGAUGCUGGUUUGACCCUGAGUACUACAGAAUUAUCUUGUUUGAUCAACGAGGAGCAGGCAGAUCUACACCCUUGGCUGAAGUGAAAGAUAACACAACUUGGGAUCUUGUCUCUGAUAUGGAGAAGCUGAGAGAGAAAUUGGAUGUUGAGGAUUGGGUGAUAUUUGGCUGCAGCUGGGGUUCCACCCUUGCCUUGGUUUAUGCUGAGUCACAUCCACAAAGGGUUAAAGCACUCGUAAUACAGGGAAUAUUUCUCAGCGCAAAGAGAGAAGUAGAUUGGUUUUAUGUGAAUGGUUGCAGUAUGCUUUGGCCUGAGUUGUAUGAGGAAUACUCAAAGAUAAUCCCACCCGAAGAACGUAAGGACAUGAUCAAGGCCUACUACAAACGUCUAACCUCAGAGGACUAUGAUGUGUGUCUUGCUGCAGCCAGAGCCUGGUCAUUAUGGGAGCUGCAGACCAUUAGACCUCAGAUUGACCCAUCCUAUGUUCAGUAUGCUGAUGAUGCAGAGUUUUGCCUCAAAUUUGCAAGGAUUGAGUGCCAUUAUUUCAUCAAUGGAGGUUUCCUGGGGAGUGACUCUUACAUCUUAGACAAUGUCCACAAGCUGAAGGAUAUACCCGUCACCAUCAUCAAUGGGCGCUUCGACGUCAUUACUCCAAUGGAGUCAGCUUGGAAACUUCAUAAGUGUUUGCCUAAAUCAGAGCUGGUGAUUACACCCAUGGACGGUCACUCUGACGAAGAUCUUGGAAUUCGAAUGGCUCUACUUAACGCCACAGAGAAAUACAAAACUCUGCCUGUCGGAAGUCAGUGAUGUUGGAUGACAUGGAGAAA